CACAAUACUAUCCAUCAACACACACGCUCUCUCUUAUCCUCCCAACGGAUAAGCCACGGCCAUGGUCUCCACCUCCGCCUCCGCCCUCCUCCUCUCCCCCACCACCCACCACCCCUCACAUACUCUCCCCAACAUUCCCAAACUACCCUCCACCAAGUUCCCCUCUGAAAGGAACAAAACCCGCAAACCAAUCACUCACCUCCACGUUUCCUCCAAACCCACUUCCAAACCCACCUCCGCCGCCGGCGCCCCCAAACCCGCCGGAGAAACCAUCUACUUCGACGGCGGGGCCCACUAUGGCGACCUGGUGGCCAACCUCCUCCUGGGUUUCACUCUCCUGUGGCUCCCCCUCACCCUGGCCGCGGUGUUCCGGGCCUUCUUUCUGAGGUACAGGUUCACUAACGUGAGGGUGACGGUCAUUUCGGGCUUGACGGGGCAAGAAAGGAGCGAUUUCUCGUACGUCGUGAUCAAGGACGUGCAGGUGGUGCCGAGGUUCGUGGGGGAGUGGGGUGACGUUAUCAUUACCUUGAAGGAUGGGACCAAGGUGGACUUGAGGAGUGUGCCCAAGUUUAGGGAGAUUGCCAAGUACUGUCUUGAGUUGGCCAAGAUACCUGCUGUGUUGAAACAAAGUGGGACCAAAGGGGUUUGAUGAUUUUGGUUCCUUUUUUUUCAAUGAGCUAUCUGUUAUUAUCACAUGGAUUCUGUUCCAAGUUGAUGAGUUGUUGUCAUCCCUACAUAUUCUGCCAGUGAAAAAUUAGAUGAAAGGAGAAAAAUGGGCCAACAAAAAAUCUUAAAAGAGGUAGGGCUGGGGCUUACUGAUUCACUUUGAUUUUUGACCACUGCUCAGUAUUUCUUUUCGUUUUCUGUUAUAUAGAGAAAUUUUUUUGGUUGGGUUACCUCCCUGAAAAAGCACAAGUACAAUAUUCUUUUGGGAUUUGAGGUGGUGUCUAGUCAAGUUUGUGGUAGAGGUGUAGAGCAAGUUCGAAUCCUCUGUGCCAAACAUUCCAAACAUUGCUGCAACCGGUUGGUUUGUCCGGUCGUUAACUUUAGGACCGGCGGCGUAAUCUGGUCCAGACAUCUAGUUAUAAAAAAAGAAAAGAAAAAUGACCAACUUGUGGCAGAGCAGGUUGGUACAGUUAGACGUGUCCUGCAUUGGAGUACAUCUUUAUUAAAAGAUGUUAAAGAGAGAGAGACCCAUUUUUAGAAAGAAAUAGUAUGUUGGUCUCAGUAACUUUACCCCUUCCAGGCUCUAUUAUGUAACAAACUUUCCUUUUCAAGACAAGCAUCAAGUAUCAACCACAUGUAUGAUGCAACAUACUCAUUUUUGUCAAGGGCUCUGUGUUACUUAUGUGGUUUAUAUG